AUGGCAGCCAUGGAUCCUGCGUCCCUGUUGGACUUCACACAGGAGCUCAACGUGCAACUACUAGACUCGGUUGUGAAUGCGAUGAACAAUCCGCUAACGCCACAACAACAGGAGAUUGCAAAUCAGGUACUGACGCAACUCAAAGAUACGCCAGAUGCAUGGACGAGGGUUGACAAGAUCCUGGAUCAGUCGCAGAACCCGAGCACGCGGUUCUAUGCGCUCUCGAUACUGGAAUCAACCAUUGCUACAAAAUGGAAUGUGCUUCCCACAGACCAACGAGAGGCUGUCAAGGAGUUUAUAGUGAGUAUGAUCAUCCGCAUGUCCUCAGAGCCACAGCAAGGGACAGAUAGAGUGUUCAUCCGGAAACUGAAUAUGAUAUUAGUACAAAUCGUCAAACAAGAAUGGCCGCAUGCAUGGCCUUCAUUCAUUCCGGAUAUUGUAGGGAGUAGUAAGACAUCUGAGUCGCUGUGCGAGAACAACAUGGCUAUCCUUAAGCUGCUGAGUGAAGAGGUCUUUGAGUACUCUUCGGGCAAGAUGACCGUGGCCAAGGCGCGUGCUCUGAAGGAUUCGAUGAACUCGCAGUUCUCGAUGAUUUUCGAGCUGUGCAUGUUUGUGUUCGAGAACACGGAUGGUGUCUCACUGAUCAAGUCAACGUUGGAAACCCUGCUAUGUUUUCUGUCGUGGAUUCCCAUCGGGUACAUCUACGAAACUCAACUCAUUGAUAUAUUAACGAUGAAGUACCUUGGAGCCGAAUCGUUCCGGAAUCUAACCAUCAUGUGCUUAACGGAAAUCGCAAGCAUCAAGACGUCCAGUUCGCCGGGCGAGGGCGGGUUCUCGGAACAGAUUGUUAAGAUGUUCACGCAAACCAUGAAGCAGCUCACUAUCAUUCUACCAUCAUCCAUCAACAUCAAGGAGGCUUACAAUGACAGCAGCGACUUCCACCAGCAGUUCAUCCGUGCACUGGCGCUGUUCUUAACAUCGUAUCUUAAAACGCACCGCAAGUUGCUGGAAUCUAAGACCGAUAAUAUUGAGGUCAGACAAUUACUUUUGGAUGCGCACUACUACUUAGUACUGAUAUCCGAGGUGGAGGAUACCGAGAUCUUCAAGAUUUGCUUAGAAUACUGGCACUCACUGACGGAUGGUCUCUAUAACGAAAGCCCAUAUACCGUCUCUACCAUGUACUCCAACUCGUACUCGUCAUUCAACACUCCACAACCCACAUCACCGCGGCGUGAACUCUACAAAGACAUCCUAACGUUGGUGCGAAAGGUUAUGAUCACGCACAUGGUGAAGCCCGAAGAAGUCCUCAUUGUCGAGACCGACAGUGGAGAGAUUGUCCGAGAGUUUAUGCCCACGCAUACGGACACACUCAACCAAUACAAAACAAUGCGUCAAGUGCUAGUAUUCUUGACGCAUUUAGACUGCUCGGACACCAAGAGCAUCAUGAUAGAGAAGCUGCACAGACAAGUCGACGGAUCAGAGUGGUCGUGGAAGUCCGUCAACACAUUAUGUUGGGCGAUAGGAAGUAUCAGUGGGGCCAUGUCUGAGGAUGAUGAGAAGGGCUUCCUGGUCACCGUCAUCAAACAUCUGCUUGGCCUGGUGGAACAAAAGAAGGGCAAGGACAACAAGGCGGUGGUGGCGAGUAAUAUCAUGUACAUUGUGGGGCAAUACCCGAGGUUCCUGCGCGCGCACUGGAAGUUCUUGAAGACGGUGGUGUUCAAGCUGUUUGAGUUUAUGCACGAGACCCACGAGGGUGUGCAGGAUAUGGCCUGCGAUACCUACAUAAAGAUCGCGCAGAAGUGCUCGACGCACUUUGUGCACAAGCAGACCGGAGAGGAGGUGGCCUUCGUGGACGAGAUUAUGGAUCAGAUGCAUACCAUCAUUCACGAUCUGACACCCCAACAAGUCAACACUUUCUACGAAGCCUGUGGCUACAUGAUCGCGGCACAGAGCGAUGUGACCGAGAGGGAAAGAUUGCUGACCAAGUUAAUGCACCUGCCGAAUGAGUCCUGGGAUAGAAUUAUCAACAUGUUAACAGUCAAUAUCAACCAUCUACAAGAAAAACAAACACUCAAGGAGCUGACGUAUAUCCUCAAGAUCAACAGUGCUGUAUGCAAACCCGUGGGACAUCCAUUCAUUGUGCAGCUCGCGCGUAACUAUAUGGAUAUGCUCAAGGUGUAUCAGGCUUACAGUGAUAUAAUCUCUGCCGAGAUACAGACGAAUGGUGAGGCAGGGAUGCGGUCACAGCAGAUCAAGAGCAUGCGAGCUGUGAAGAAGGAGGUGCUGCGGUUGAUGAAUGCCUGGGUGACCAAAUCCAACGACAACGAAUUGGUCAUGAACAAUCUCCUGCCGCCGUUCCUACUGGCGGUACUGACAGACUACCGAAAUAACGUGCCCCAGGCGAGAGAGCCUGAGGUGCUCAGCGCCAUGUGUGCCAUCAUCAACAAACUAGAACAGAAUAUCAUUCCACAAGUGCCCGCCAUUUUCGAAGCCUUGUUCGGAUGCACACUCGAGAUGAUCAACAAAGACAUGAGCGAAUACCCUGAACAUCGGGCCAACUUCUUCGAGCUGCUCAAGGCCAUCAAUCAAUUCGCCUUCCCAGCGCUCUUGGCUAUCUCGCCGGAUCAAUUCAAACUCGUAAUAGAUAGUAUCAUCUGGAGUUUCAAGCACACAAUGCGGAAUGUGGCAUCCACAGGCCUGAACAUCUUGCACAUGCUACUGAACAACAUCUCGCAUGCGGACGAGGCACAAGGCUUCUACCGCUUAUACUACACACUCCUGCUGGAUCAUGUCCUUGCGGUCAUGACCGAUUCCAGUCAUCAGUCCGAAUUCGAGGAUCUUGCAGCCAAUUUAGCGUUUAUGAUAACUUUAGUAGAAAACAACAAGGUGACGAUCAAUCUGUUCGAGGCGAAUAACCAAUCGGGUGCUGUAGUAAACAACUCACAGUUCGUGAGGCAACACAUCCGCGAACUACUCACGGGCGCCUUCCCAAAUCUCACAGCGAAUUCGAUAGAAAAUACAGUAGCCACGCUUUUCUCCACCUAUAUGGAUCCCCAUCUCUUCAGCCAGACCCUACAAGACUUCCUGGUGAACUUGAAGGUCUGGGGAGAGUGCGAGCGCGAACAGCAGCUCGAGAAAGAGAGCGCAAGAAUCCAACUCGAGGAAAAGCAAAAGGCAAUCGCUGUCAUCCCUGGCAUGACCAAGCCUGCGGAUAUGAUGGACUAA